AUGAAGGUAAUUUUGGGUACAUUAAUAUCAUACUCGCUGAAACUUCGUGAUCAACACGGCGUCUCGAUAGUUGGCCGUGUUAAGCGUGGUCUACCUCCACCAGCUGUUUCAGCUUUUACUAAUAUUUCGCCUUUGCUUAUAUCGGCUAUUACGAUUACUGUUGUCAGUCUAUGUCUCAAUAUCUCUGUGACUAAAAUGUUUGCUCGAAAGUAUGACUACAAAGUACGCUCGAACCAGGAACUACUUGCUUAUGGAUUGGGAAACAUUUCCUCGUCAUUUUUUCAAUGCUAUCCAAGUUCAGGCUCAUUAAGUCGUUCAAUGGUACAAGGAGAAAGUGGUGGCAAAACAUCACUUAUUGGUGGUUUUUCUUCUGUGAUUUUAGCUGCCGUAAUUCUAGUGCUAUCACCUCUACUUGAAUCUCUUCCUAUGCCGUGUUUAGCCGGUAUUAUCAUUGUCAAUCUCAAAGGGCUCCUGCUUAAAGUUACUGACUUUACUUAUUAUUAUCGUAUUAGUAUGAUGGAAGCCGUAAGUCGAAUGAGCAAUAGUGAAACAUCUUAUCAUAGCAACAUCUCUUUUUCCAUACAAUAG